AUGCCUGACCAGAAGAAAUCGAAAAAGGGCGGCGCUGGCAAAGACCAGGCCGACUCUGUCAUCAAGGAUCCCCGAUUUGCCAAUAUCCAAACAGACCCUCGGUAUCGUCUUCCGAGCAAACGCCAGACCCAUGUGAAACUCGACAAGCGGUUCGCGCACAUGCUGCGCGACAAGGACUUUUCUCGAAACGCCGCAGUUGACCGCUACGGACGCAAGCUCGCCCGCGACGACACGAAGAAGCAAUUGGAACGAUUCUACCAGCUGGACGAACAAGACAAUGAAGACGACGAAGAAGCAGAAGUCAGCGGCGAGGACGACGACGUAGUCCUGAGGGAAUUACAAAAGGCCGAAUCGUACGAUCCCGCGCGAGAUGGAGGGUUCUCGUCUUCUUCGUCCGAGGAGGAAACUAGUGACGAAGAAGACGACGAGGACGAGGCCGAGCUUGGUGCGGGUGAGGAGCUUGACUUCCCCGACAAGGAACAGGCCGGUAUACCCACGGGCGAUGUGACCAAGCGGAUUGCCGUGGUGAAUCUGGAUUGGGAUAACAUCCGGGCGGAGGAUCUGAUGGCAGUGUUUUCCAGUUUCGCGCCCACCGGUGGCCGUGUUCUGAAUGUUGCGGUCUACCCAAGUGAGUUUGGAAAGGAACGGAUGGAGCGAGAGGAGGCGGAGGGUCCUCCUCGGGAGAUCUUUGCUUCUGGCAAGGAUGGCGAGUCCGAUGAGGAUUCAGAGGAGGAAUUUGAUGAGUUUGGAUCCGACGAGGACGACGAAGAGAUCAAGAAGUCCAUGUUGAAGGAAGACAAGGGCGAGGAAUUCAACUCUACACAGCUACGAAAGUACCAGCUGGAACGUUUGCGCUACUUUUAUGCUAUCCUCACGUUCUCGUCUAGGGAAGCUGCGAAGCAUGUUUAUGACCUGGUGGAUGGAGCUGAAUACCUGUCGAGUGCCAACUUUUUCGACCUCCGCUUCGUGCCGGAAGAAACCGACUUCUCCGAUGACAAACCCCGGGAUGAAUGCAGCCGGAUCCCAGAUGGGUACCAGCCCAACGAAUUCGUCACCGAUGCCUUACAACACAGCAAAGUCAAGUUGACGUGGGACAUGGAGGACAAGUCGCGCAAGGAAGCCCAGGCUCGCGCUUUCCGGGGCAGCCGGAAAGACAUCGACGAGAACGACUUGAAAGCCUAUCUUGCAAGUGACAGCUCCGACAAUGAGGACGAGAGCGAUGAAGAGGGGGGCGUGGAGAUUGUCGACACUACGAAGGGCGAUGGAAAGAGCACCAAGAUCUCUAAGAAAGAGGACGAAAGGCAGCGUAUGCGAGCCCUUCUGGGCUUGAGCUCGGAGCCGUCCCGCGCGUCCAAAUCAGAUGGACCCGUCGGUGAAAUGGAGGUUACGUUCACUUCUGGUCUUGCGGGAGGUCCCAACAAGGACGGAAUCUUUGAGAAUGAGCCCGAAAAGGAAGAGUCUACGAUUGACAAGUACGUGCGCAAAGAGCGCGAGAGAAAGAAGCGGAGAAAGGAGAAACUCAAGGCGACCAAACAAGGAGAUGGGGAUGAGCAGGACGAGGAUCAGACUGUGGUGGAGUCGGGCAAGAAGGGUGAGGAUGCAUCUGAAGGAGAGAAAGAAGACCUGGGAUUCAACGACCCCUUCUUCAACGAUCCUGGUGAGAAGGUGACCGCCGCAACUCGCCGCAAGGAGGAAAAGCGCAAGAAGAAGGCAGAGCGGGAAGCAGUGGAGGCGGCGGAAGCGGCUAAGCGUGCCGAGUUGGAGCUUCUGAUGAUGGACGACGAGAACAAGGGCAUCCGGCAUUUCGACAUGACCGCAAUCGAGAAGGCCGAGAAACAAGCCGGCAAAAAGAAGAAGGGCAAGGGCAAGAACAAGGGCAAGCCGGCUCCCGAGAUCCAGGAUGAUUUCCAGAUGGAAGUCAGCGACCCUCGAUUUUCGCGACUGUUCGAAAGCCACGAAUAUGCGAUCGACCCGACCAACCCUCGGUUCAAGGGUACAUCGGGUAUGAAGGCAUUGCUGGACGAAGGACGCAAACGGCGACGGGACCGGGACGAGCGCGGAGACGAAGACGAGGGUCCUACGCACGACAAGAAGCAAAAGAAGAAGCAGAAGAAGGAUGCUUCCAAGCCUCAACAAGGCAAUGAGGAACUGAAGAGUCUGGUGGACAAAGUGAAGCGGAAGGCACAGCACUAG